AUGCCACUGCCGCCGCUCAAAAAUUUACCAUCCGCAAGACCUCCUAAAACUAUUGCGGAUCGGGACCCUGGACUUAGUAUUGAUAGAAGAAAAGAUAUUGGUGUUUCGGGAUUCGAAAUUUCUUCAUCAACAACAAAUAUAACACCUAAAACAACAACUACCACUAGUGCUUCCUCGACUAACACAAAGACAAGUCACUUUACAGAUAUGCUAGACCCGCCACUACCAUCAUCAAAAACAACAACAACAACAACAACAACAACAACAACAUCAUCAUCAUCAUCAUCAUCAUCGCAACAGCAAACUCCAACUAAUCAACUAUCACUGCCUUUGCCAUCUACAAACCCUUCCUCUUAUCCUCCACAAGCUACUCUCAUCCUGAUUGGUGCUCGUGGAACCGGGAAAUCAACUCUGGCCGUGGUCGGUGCCAUUGCCUUGAGAAGACGCUUUGUCGAUACUACCGCAAUCCUCGAAGCUUCGUUGGGUCUCCCCACUUCUCAGAUCAUUGCUCGUCAUGGACUUCCGGCUUUUUGUCGACUUGAACACGACGUUUUGGCUGCAGUUUUGGACCAGUACCCAACAAACUGUGUGGUUUCAUGCUCUGCAUAUUGUAUCUAUGAACCUACAUGUUUGUUACUAGCUGCAAAACGUGACGACUUGCCAAUAGUUCACGUUGUCAGGUCCUUUGUGGAAACUGGAGAUUUGUCUACCACGGCUCCUGUUGUUGCUUCUUCUCCUAAUGAAUCUUGUUCCAACGGUAUUAGAACUCCUCAGGGUCUUUCUACUCCAGUCUCUUGUACACCCUCUUCUAACGGUGAUAUUUCCAAUCUUCAAAAUUCUGGCAACUCUUUAAAUUCAUUAAAUUCAUUAAAUUCAUCCAUUCAACAUCUCUCUAAUGUUGAGAAUCUUCAUCAAAGCCCGCAGUUUCAACAGCCACUACAUCAGCAGUCUCAACCCCAACAACUACAACUACAACAGCCUAUGCAGACAUCGGCAAUGGCAUCCAACCCUAACCCUUCAUUCGGCGAAACUCCUAACCGAUACCUCCGUAACAGUAACAAUAAUAAUAAAAAUAAUAAUAAUAAUAAUAAUAAUGUCAGCAACCACAACACUAAUAGCAGCAACAAUAGUAACAACAAUAGUAACAACAAUAGUAACAACAAUAGUAACAACAAUAGUAACAACAAUAGUAACAGCCACAGUAACAGUAACAGCAACAACUCUUCCUCCUCCUCAUCCUCGGCGCCGGUCGGAAUAAAUACUGGUUCAUUCACCGAGAUGUUAAAUGGUGCCAACAACAACAACAACAAAACAUCCACUUCAACUACUCCAACAACUAUAAACACCAACACUCCUAUCAACCAACCUCAUCAGUUGGAUAUUACCGCCCUAUUUAAUGAAACAUUUGCCAGUCUGCCUUUAUACCGAAGGUACUCCUCUUUUGAAAUCGCCAAUCUUGGCACUCUUUUCCUGGAUAACCACUCGGCCGCGUUUGAUUUUGAGGUAGGCGUCACUCUCGAAAAUGACUCGUGUAAAUGGCCUCCAGACCAACCUCCAUUCCCCAACCCGGCUUUCCAUUUUAACCCGGAUUCAAUUUCUCAAAUUCCUCCUCAAAAAGAUCGCAUCUCUUUAGGAUUGAGAUCUUUGGAAAAAAAUUUUGCCCAUUUUUUGAGAUACAUUUUUGGUGAUUCCUCACGUCUUGAUCGCAGACCUAACCCAAUCACAACUGGAACUCCUGCUAAGCAGCAGCCACUGCAGCCACAACACCAACACCAACACCAACACCAACAGCAGCCCCACAGCCCCACCUUGAUACCCCAACAACCAACCCCCACUACUCAAAUCCCACGACGUCCUUGGAAAUGCGUUGAACAUAAAACAAACCCUUAUUCACAUGCUUUGGUUCUCCCAUUCUGCGAUAUCACGACUUCCAACAUCCACUUUGACAUACACGCUGGAGGUAUUGAUGCCGUCAUUCUUCGGGUUGACCUCCUUGCUGCAUAUGCUAUAACCUCUGGAAUUGAGCCUGAAUUCUAUAUUGCCUCCCAAAUCGCUUUUAUCCGUACUCACACUACUCUCCCCAUCAUUUAUGACUUUGACUCGUCCUACUUUGACUACCCUCCCCCAGUCCAUCAAUCCUCUGGUACUCCAUUCACUGUCCCUCCUCCAAAUAUUGCCCCCAUCACAACUUACUUCAACUUCCUUCUUCUCGGCCUCCGUCUUUGUGUCGAAUAUCUUGUCGUGUGCCCGGCACUGCUGGCAGCUGACCCGAGCCUCCUGCGCACUCUUGUCAAACGCAAACACUUUACCCGGAUAAUUACAAAUUAUUCAAUCAGCCCAGACCACUGGAGCGCCUCAGUUUUGCGUGAUUUACGAGAUCAAACCGCCCAAGCCGGCUGUGAUAUUGUCAGAGUUACCUCUUACGCCCGAAACAGAACAGAUAACUUUACUCUCUUUUGCGCAAUCCUUCAAAUUGAACAAGAUGGUGGAAGUGAUGGUGGUAGUGGUGGUGGCAAUAACGAAACUCAUCAAAAACAACCUUCUUCAACUUCUUCUUUAGAAUCUUCUCCAGAAAUUGCUCCCUCCUCCUAUGUCCCCAUCAUAGCCUACAAUAAAGGCCCUAGAGGUCGCAUUUCUCUCGCCCUCAAUAAACUUUUCACACCCAUUGAGCAUGAAUACUUUCUUAAACACCCUACCUCUCUAUACUCAAGGGGCAACUGGAUCAAGGACCCCCGGCUGCGGGCCUUUUGUGCUCAGGCUGCGCCGGCACCCAAUGAAACACCGGUCUCUGCUUAUACUCCGGCGUCCUACUUAUUCACACUCAAGGACCGCAACUCGGCCAUUUACUCGCUGGGUCUCCAACCGCGCCUCCAGUUCUAUCAUUUUGGCAGUCAUGUUGAUGAACGCUUGUCUCACGUCAUUCACCAAGCAGCUUUCGACUAUGUCCAUAUUCCUCACAAGUACGUCAAACGUACUACUAAAACGGUCCAGGAAAUGGCUCCAAUCUUGGAAGAUAGACCCCCUCAAACUGUCCCCUCUGCCUCUCUAGAGUUGGACAUUAGCUCUAAUUCUCCAUUUGAACCAGAUUACCCCUUUGGUGGAGGAUCUCUUUCUCAUCCUCUCAAAAUCGCUGCACUCCAAGUUUGCGAUACAAUCUCGGCUCAUGCCCGUUUCAUUGGAUCUGUCAACACAAUUACAUCAGUACGCAAAGAGGACCGCAGCGCAGUCUUGGGACAACUUUCGCGUCGUGCAUCCGUCUCACGUAUCAGCUCGUUGGUCUCAACAUCUUCUCCAGGACUUAAAACUUCAGCUAGUCCAAACACUGCAGCAGCAAAUGUGCACAUUCAUGGUGAAAAUGUCGACUGGAUCGGCAUCCACGCCUCGCUCUCCAAGCACUUGCGUGCCCGUAAUGCUGUAACACCGCAAACAAAGGUUGUUAUUUUAGGAGCUGGAGGAUUUGCGCACGCUGCCAUCUAUGCAAUGGUUCGACUUGGUGCUCGCAAGUUUUACAUUUACAAUAGAACACGACAACAUGCAGAAGCUAUGAUUACCCAUUUCAAAACCAUGUUUGCGCAGCUUGAAAAUGCUACCCAAAAUGCGGUUGGGCUUAAUCGUGAUAAUGAGCCAGUGUUUUGCACAGAGGACAUUUUAAAGACGGGUGAUAUUUCUGCCCCAAGAAGCGAGUAUGACUUUGCAACUUCUAUGCAGAGCCAAAAGCCUUACCACAACAAUAAGCGACCUCGCCAGCUUCUUCUUGCAAGUAUUUUAAAUAAUGACGAGGAGGAAGACGAAUAUUCCGACAAGAAGAAGGUCAAGGUGGAGGAAGAGGUUGAAGAGAGAAAUGCACCUUCAAAAGUGAUGCCUGCUCCUCAACAACCACUACCCCCUCCCAAGCGUGUCGACAUUGCAACAAUGCUCUCUGCUCAAGGUGAAGUUGCUCAUAACUUGUGGUCCGAAAUCAUCACGGACAUGGGGCUUCCAGGCCGGCGCGGGCGCUACGGAUCUAUUUCCUUUGAACACAAGGCAGAAGACGUGAAUGAGAUUCAGUUUACCAUUCUUGAGAAUGUUACAACAGAGCCAUGGCCUCUCAAAGAUGAGUAUCCAGCCUUGUUGUUGCAUCUAACUGCAGAUGCACAUUUGACUCUGCACCCUUCGUACUUUGGUAACCCGGCUGGUGGUAUUUGCCUUGAAAACAAUUACAUGCCUCGGCCAGUGACUGGGUUUGUAUCACAGGCAUUGCAGCCAGAGCACGCAGCCAAAGGAUGGAAAGUUGUUGGUGGCGCAGAUUUUAUGCUUGAACAGGCAUACUCGCAUUUUGAGCUUCUCACAGAGAAAAAGGCACCGAGAGGAAUCAUGGUGCGGACUCUCAAGCAGUGCAUGUCGCGGCGACGACAGCAACUUGAAAGUGAGCUUGGUGGCACAAUAGCCAAGUGA